AUGCUCACUGCUUGUGGUUGUUCUUGUCAGGGAGUGUUCUUCCCAUUUAUAGAUCCUACUGGGAACUCGAAAGUGAUUGAUGAUGCUGCUUAUAUAAGAGAAGAUGAGAAGAAUGAUGAAAGAGUUGGUCGUGUUGUUGAUCUGCUAAAUAAGAAUCAAGACUGGACACAGUUCACUUGGGAACUUGAGCCAAAGCCUCAGAAUUUCAUGUUAUCUGAUGAAGAAGAGCUUGAUGAAGAUGAAGCUGCCCCAGUAUCACCUGUGAGGGAACCACCUGUUGAUGCAAGAAGGGGGAAGCGCAAGAUAAAUGAUCCUGGUUCCGAGUCUAGAAAGAAGAACAUGCUUUGUCAAAGAGCGGCUGAGCAUAACAGCGGUGUAUCAAGUGAAAUGAAGAGUUUCAUGGAAGGUUUGUUGACCUCUUCUUUCAGUUCUUUAAAGGAAGUGUUGCAGAAGGACAUACAAGAGCAAUUUCAGAAGGUCAACAAUGAGAUAGAUCAGCUGAGGGAACAAAUGUUUCACCUUACUGGUCCUUCAGAUACAGUGGGAAAAGGUGAAUGCAAAGCAGCUGAGACUCCAGGUUCAGGCAAAGCCUCUAAGAUUCCGGGUUCAAGCUUAUCGGUUCAGACUAUGGUUUCUCCAGUAGCAAAGGAAAAAAGCAAAGGCAAGCAGGAAGGAAGCAAGGAUCUUCCUACGUUCAUAUACUCCAGUGUCUCUUGGUCGUCCAUGGUCGCUGGUGUUAUUGCCAUUCUACAAGAACAUCAUUUUGGGUGUGACCAUCACAAGAACAUUCGGUUUUAUUAA